AUGGCAAUCGGGGUGAAGAUCGAGACUUGGACGAAAGCCAACAAUGUUGACGAGAUUUUGAGUCAGAUUCGAGGAAAUGUGGCAUCCUUCAAGGCCCAUCGCCACGAUGGCUCAAGAUUGGACAGAUUUCGGUCGCUCGUGAGCAAGAGUCUCGACCCUAUUGAACAACUCAGCAAGAUAGCUGCGUCGGCAGCUUCAUCUCACCGCUAUCUUCACGGCAGUCGGCUAUCUCAUAAAGGUAGAGAGGCAGCUGUGCCCGAUCCCCGUGAUACUGAGCAUUUCCACUUCUUCGAAGAUUUGGACUUAUAUCUCAAGAGACUCAAGGUCUUGGAAGGCCGAAUCUCGCCUGUACCAGAAGUGGGUGUUGCCGUAGCUGAAGUUCUUGCAUCUGUCUUCGUGUUAUGUGGCAUCUGCGCAAAGUACACAAAGAUGAGACGAAUAGUCAAAACCUUUCGAACCCUGAUCUCAGGCGAAGACGACGAACUUUCGGCCGCAUAUUCACACUUUCGCAAGCUGGUCAAUCAGGAGCGUGGCGUUGUCGGGAAUGCAACUUUGGUAGCUGUGGAGCAACUUCACGGAGAAUCCACCAAUAUCAGGACAGAUGUACAAGAAAAUUUAACUUUGGCGAGAGGCACAGACCUUAACAUUCAGUCGAUCUUGGACACCACGGAAAAUGUUCGUAAAGUCUUAGAGAAUCGACAAGCUACUGAGGAACUGGGCGAGAUCCUGCCCAGGCUUUCGACACUGGAUUUUCACCAAAAGCAAAAGGAAGUAUAUGCCAAAUAUCAUCGCGGUACGGGCCGGUGGCUGCUGGAGUGUGCCGAAUUCGAAAGGUGGCUCACCGCUCCACAGGCCAUGGUUCUCUGGUGUCUUGGAAAUCCCGGCGCUGGGAAGACUGUCAUGACAUCUCUUGUUGUAAACCAUGUCCAGGAAACUGUUCAAAGCUCUAGAACGGCGAUUGCUUACAUAUAUUGCGAUUACAAAGAUCCCAGGACGCAUCUUGAACUCAACCUUUUAGCGAGUAUCGCUAGGCAGUUAACUGAGCAAACAACGUCAAUCCCUGUGACCGUGACAGAAUUUUGUAACAGGAAUACUGGAAGAAGGAGGAACCCGUCCGGUGAGGAGUGGGUUCAUCUGAUCCAAUCGAUAUGUAAUCUUUUUCAGGAAACCUACGUCUUCAUUGAUGCGCUAGAUGAGUGUCCUGAGACCAACAGGGCGAAUUUUCUAUAUUUCAUCGGGCACUUAGAACCUUUCCUCAGGAUCUUCCUCACAUCUCGUCCGCAUGUCGACCCGCGAGAACAUUUUGCCAAUACAUGCUGCAUCAAUAUUGCAGCCAAUAUCGCUGAUAUCAAGGCAUAUCUGGCACACACGAUCAACAAAAACAGCAGAAUUUCCAUGUUCGCUCGCAAGGACGCAAAGUUGAGGGAAGACAUAGUGGAGGUCUUGAGUCAAAAAGCGACCGGCAUGUUUUUGCUUCCACAUCUUCAGAUGGAGCGCUUGUGUAACCAAACAAAUCUCAAAGCUGUACGAGCGACCAUGACAGCGAUGCCAAAAGGUGUUUCCGAAUACUACGAAGACGUGCUGAAGAGAAUCGAGGACCAACCAGAGGAAGACAAAGUCCUGGCAAAGAAAGCUCUCACCUAUGUUUUCUAUGCUAAGAGACCGCUAAGUCUGGCAGAGCUAACUCAAAUCCUGGCUGUGGAAGCUGGAGAUACCGAUCUCGAUCCAUACGCCUCACCAGAGCCUGAGAUCUUGCGUCACGCUUGUGCUGGGCUUAUUACGAUCGGUGAGCAAGGUGCUACUGUGCGAUUGGUGCAUUCCACCGUUCAGGAGCACCUUGAAACUCAUUGUGACAGACUAGUGCCUGAGCCUGAAGUUGCUUUUGCAAAGGUAUGUCUUGCUUACUUGUCGUUCGAUAUUUUCGACGAAGGACCCAGCAUCAGUGAAAACGAACUACAAGGCCGCUUGAAAAACUAUCCAUUCUCGGAAUAUGUCUCUAACAAUUGGGGAUAUCAUGUUGUCGGUAAUCAACUUCAUGAAGAGUUGGCGCCUUUGCUUUCUAGGUUUCUGGAACAGCCAAAUAAGCUUGCUUCUUCUGUGCAGAUCCUGUCCAUUCCUUUGCGACGAAGAGAUAAUCAGUAUGACUUGUUCCCGAAGCAGCACGGUGCUUUACACGUCGUGGCGUACUGGGGCCUCGACAAUCUCGUUUCAAGCCUCCUACGAGACGGGAUGGACGUUAACAGCCAGGACAGUUAUGGAACGACGCCCUUGAUCCUUGCUGCCAAAAACUGCCACAAAUUAGCGGCCCAGCUACUUCUCGAAAAGGGGGCCGAAAUCAACGCAAGAAAUAACAGAGGAGAGACGGCCCUGUACUGGGCAGCGAGAAAUGGACACGAGGCCAUGGUAGAUUUCCUCCUGAAAAAGGGCGCCAGUGUCCUGAUGAAGGAUGACGAAGGAUGGACCGCACUGGAUUGGGCAGUGGUGGGGAGCAACAGCGAGGUGGUGAAGAUCCUGCUGAAGAAUGGCGUCAGCAGCACCAAAGGAAGAGGAAGAGCUCUUUUUCUGGCAAGCGACGAAGGGCAUGAGCAGACGGUGCAAAUGCUUUUGAACAGCGGAGUCGAUGUGAACGCGAAGGAUUACUUGGACAGCAGCCCGCUCGAUUGGGCAGUGCCACCGGGCCACAUGGAGACGGUUACCGUGCUCCUACGACAUGGUGCUGAUGUCAAAUCGAGGGAUGCUUAUGGAAAUAGUGCCCUGCACUGGGCGACUCCCCAUCCAUCAAUCGUACGAUUAUUGCUCGAGUACGGGAUUGAAGUUGAUGCUAAGAAUGACGCUGGACAAACACCACUCCUAUGGGCAGCACAAGACGGAUACGUGGAAGUUGCAGCAUUGCUUCUCAAGAAUAAAGCGGAUAUCAACACGCAGGACAUAUACGGCUUCACGGCGUUACACCGAGUAGUUCUCCGAGGGCGCGAAGCGAUGGUCUCUGUACUACUUGAGAACGGCGCCGAUCUCAAUAUUCGAAAUGAAGAUGGGUGGACACCUCUCCACGUGGCAGCGAUCAAGCGACACGAACAUCUGAUUCAGCGACUAAUCGACCUUGUUGACCAAGGGACCUCUAUAUUGUCCAAAAUCACUUUGCAAUUACAGGACACGAGAAUGCAAGCGCUUUUCCAGCAUACCGCAGAAAGGAAGGCGGAAGCCAACACGGUAGUCGAGAGAUUGAGUGCGGCGGUCCAAUAUGGGCAAAUUGGCAAGUCCCAGUUCCUGAUCGACAGAGGGGCGGAUGUGAACGAGAAGGGCAGUGGAGGAUGGACGCCUCUAAUCAUCGCCGCAUCAUGCAAUUCCCUGGAAGGUGUACAGCUACUGCUGGACAAUGGUGCCGACGUCGACAUUGCCGGGUAUGAUGGCCGCACAGCCUUGCAUUGGGCUUCGGAGUGCGGUCAUAAGAGGGUUGCACAGCUUCUGGUAAAGCACGGGGCGGAUGUCAACUCGAGUGCCCACACAUGGACACCGGGGCUUCUGGCCGCUCAACGGGGGCACACGGGGAUCUUGCAUUUUCUGAUCGACCAUGGGGCAGACGUCCAUGCAGAUGACUAUCACCGACGCACGGCGUUGCACUGGGUUGCCCAGCACGGUUCGGCCGAGUCACUGCGAUUCCUUGCAGACAACGGAGCGGAUCUCAACGCCGUCGACCGGUGGGGCAGGACGCCGUUGAUGUGGGCGAUCGAGAACAAACAAGAGUUGACUGCGUUAUUGCUCCUCGAGCUCGGGGCUGACGUCCAAAAGAAGGCUAGACACGACAUUACUGCCCUGCAUAUGGCCGUCUUUCUGGAAUGCGAAUUGGCUAUCCCGUCAUUACUUGCCAGGGGAGCAGACAUUGAUGCAGAAGCUCGAUGUAUCGAACCCGACGAGGAUGGCUUCGAUGCCCUUGUGGCGAUUGAUACACCGUAUACGUCUUUGACCGACUUUAUACGUCAAUGCUGCAUGGAGCAAGAUUCUGCUGUUGGAUUUGAGGUUGGUGUGCGACAUGGGCUGACGGUGCGACGUCUUGCAGCUAGCGUUGGGAACUCAAAUGUACAGAGCCUGCUACGACUACAAUGGAAGUCAUGA